AUGAGUCAUAUCCUAUAUGUCACAUUAAUAUUUAUUUUAAGUGUGGAACUCAUAAUAGGAAACUUAGGAAAUACAUUCAUGGCACUGGUGAACAUCCUGGACUGGGUCAAGAAAAGAAAGAUCUCUUCGGUGGAUCAGAUCCUCACUGCUCUGGCCAUUUCCAGAAUCAUUCUGAUCUGGUCAUUAAUUGCACACUUAUUGGUUUCAUCCAUCUACAGAACUUUGGUGAUACCUGGAAAAGUGAUGAGAAUUAUCAAAAUUUUCUGGACAGUAACCAAUCAUUUCAGCAUUUGGUUUGCUACAUGUCUCAGCAUCUUUUAUUUUCUCAAGAUAGCUAAUUUUUCAAGCUAUAUUUUUCUUUAUCUGAAGUGGAGAGUAAAAAAGGUGGUAUUAGUGACAUUUCUUAUAUCUUUGCUCAUCUUGGUUUUAAACAUUUUAAUCAUAAACACACAUAUUGAUGUCUGGAUUGAUGGAUAUGAAGCAAAUGUAUCCUUCAGUGCUAUAACAGGUAACUUGGCUGAAUUUUCUAGACUUGUUUUACUUGUCAAUACUAUGUUCACACUCACCCCAUUAACUGUGUCCCUGACCAUGUUUCUCCUGCUCAUCUUCUCCCUGUGGAGACAUCUGAAGAACAUGCAACACAAUGCUAAAGGCUCCAGAGAUGUCAGUACCACAGCCCACAUAAAGGCCUUGCACACUGUGGUCACCUUCCUGUUACUGUAUAUGAUAUUCUUUUUGUCUCUUCUUUCACUAUGCUGA